UCAAGUCGGAAGCAUUUAAACGCGACAUCGCCGGAGUCCUGUUAGCUAGCGUUAGCUAAACUUCGGGGUUUUUGUAGCACUUUGAAGGCUCCAGGUUGUGAAGCACUUUAACUCCUUACUGUUUCAUCUGCUCAUUCCUAAGUCAUGAAACCAGCAGUUGAUGAGAUGUUUCCCGAAGGAGCGGGGCCGUAUGUGGAUCUGGAUGAGGCAGGGGGAAGCACUGGACUGUUGAUGGACUUGGCUGCGAAUGAGAAAGCCGUGCACUCAGACUUCUUCAACGAUUUUGAGGACCUCUUUGAUGACGACGACAUUCAGUGAUGACCGAUGGGAUGAAGGAUGAAGACUUUGAUCAUGUAAAAUAGCUUGUGAUUGUAAAUGGGAUGUUUCACUGUUACUGUCUGGUUUAUUGUUUCCGCUCAGGUUUUUUCUUGUCAAUAAAACGUUUUUUUGGGGGAAAAAAGCCCUUCGGAUGGCCAGAUGUCUCUGAAUGUUAAAGAUCCUAGACAUUCCAGGACACAAGGUGGAAUUAUCCCAAUCCCUUUUUUUGUCAUGUUGAAAUCUGUUUCCAGCCUAGAUUGCAGGUUUUUGCAAAUUCCUGAACACCUGUAAGUAUGUAUAAUUACAUGUUCAAUCCAGUGUUAACAUAAAGACACAGAUGUUCCUCGGCUCAUGUCUUGACAUUCACUGAAAAAUAUUUUUCCUUCAAGAUAUACAGCAUUUCAAACCCAUGGACGGUGUGCACAUUAUCGGUCUGUAAGAAAUGAAUACAUAGCCAUAAAAGGCACAGGAAUGCACCGCUCUUAUCACUGCUAUCAGUAUUCAUCCACAUUCAGUGUUGCUUCCAGAAGUUACUUGCCUUGAGGACAGCAUUUGGUGGAAGGUACAUUCUUAAUAAAGGUGUUCUAUAACUUA